AUGCGUGGGAGUCAAGCUACAGCAGGAGCUAUCGCCUGGGUUCCCCUGUCUUGGGGGUCGAGGAGAGGUGCUAACGACGCCUUGCCGCCAGAGUUCCGCUUCUUCGUUGAGCAAACCGAGAAGCAGCUCAUGCUCCUAUUUCAGUCAAUAGAUAAAGACAACGAUGGAAGACUUGACAAGACUGAGCUGCAGGAGGCCUUCAGACGGGCUGGGCUCGUUGUGCCCAUGCGCAAACUCAGCGCCUUCUUUGGCGAUAUCGACAUGAACAACGACGGCUACAUUAGUUUCGAGGAAUGGAGGGACUUCCUUCUGUUUAUGCCGCAUAAUGGCCAUGCGCCCCUCAAAGCUGUGCUAGAUUUUUACUCUUCCAUAGUCACUCUUUCAGCGGAGGGUGAUUCGAUGGUCUCGGAGGAGACACUUGAAGGUUUAGGUACGACCGGCUUCCUUCUGCAAACUCUCUUUGGAUCUAUUUUGAGGAUCGCAUCCCCUCCGGAUCGUGAGACUGGCCCUGCCGAGACCUUCACCGGCGAAGCCGACCAAACGGCGCCUUUUCGGGAAGAAGGAUCCCUUCCUGGUAUUGCACAGCUUCCUACCUCAUCAAAACCAGCACAACAGACUUCACCAAGCAGUUUUACAGAUCCCACACAAACACCUCCAGUGAGGCCGUCAUUGCCAGAAUCAAAACACCCGAAAAUCAACGGCCCCAUGGCCAAUAUGGAGGCAGCAACGGUACUUCAAGCUGGCGUGACGGCCGCAGACGAGCAGCACACAGGCAUUGCGACCAUCCGACACAUUCCCGGCGUCGGCACCUCCCAAGCGAAACCGGUCACAGGCUCCGAGCAAGGCUCCAGCUCAGAUGCAACUGCUGAACCCAAGACCAAGAGACUGACUGACUUCGCUCCUGAUCCAGGUUAUUUUAUCGCGGGUGCCGUCGCCGGAGGACUGUCGCGAACUGCCACCGCUCCUCUCGAUCGUCUCAAGGUGUACCUACUUGUGAACACACGCGCCACUACCGAGACUGCUGCUACUGCCUUGAAACAAGGGCGCCCGAUCGACGCCCUUCGCAACGCUUUCCGGCCUUUUGGGGAUGGCGUCAAGUAUCUCUGGAAGGCUGGGGGUAUACGGAGUCUUUUUGCAGGCAAUGGACUCAAUGUUAUCAAAAUCAUGCCCGAGAGCGCAAUUAAAUUCGGAUCUUAUGAGGCCGCAAAGCGAACUCUCGCUAGAUUCGAGGGCCACAACGACCCCAAACAAAUCAACGGAUACUCGAAGUUUGUCUCGGGUGGCGUUGCUGGCAUGGUUGCCCAAUUCUGUGUGUACCCACUCGAUACAUUGAAGUUUCGUCUCCAAACGUCAACCGUUGAAGGUGGCCUCACUGGAAAUGCCCUUGUUCUUGAUACUGCCAAGAAGAUGUGGCAGGCCGGUGGACUGCGUAGUGCCUACCGUGGUGUCACCAUGGGCCUCAUGGGCAUGUUCCCCUAUAGCGCCAUCGAUAUGGGCACUUUCGAGCUACUCAAAACCUCAUACAAGAGGUACAUGUCAAAAUACAAAGGCAUACACGAGGAAGACGUCAAGCCAGGCAACAUCAUGACUGGAAUCAUCGGAGCCAGUAGUGGUGCCUUUGGUGCAUCGGUAGUGUACCCGCUCAAUGUCCUCCGCACCCGCCUACAGACGCAAGGUACGGCUAUGCACCCAGCCACAUAUACCGGCAUAUGGGAUGUCGCGCACAAGACACUCAAGAACGAGGGUGUGCGGGGCAUGUACAAGGGCCUCACCCCUAAUCUUCUCAAGGUUGCUCCAGCACUAAGCAUCACUUGGGUUGUGUAUGAAAAUUCAAAGAAGCUCCUUGGCUUGGAGUGA